AUGAUGAAGUUAUUAACAUCAAUUGCUUUAAUUGUUUCACUUUUAUUUGCUUUCUUUUCCCAAUCUGUUUUGGCUGCUACUGAAUUACCAGAAAACCCACCAAUCACCAAUAAAGUUUAUUUGGAUAUUGAAGAAGAUGGUAAAUCUCUUGGUCGUAUAACUAUUGGUUUAUUUGGUACUGUUGUUCCAAAAACUGUUGAAAAUUUCCGUGUCUUGUGUACUGGUGAAAUGGGUCCAAGUUAUAAAGAUACUAUUUUCCAUCGUGUUAUUAAAAAUUUCAUGAUUCAAUCUGGUGAUUUUGAAUAUAAUAAAGGUUAUGGUGGAUAUUCUCCAACUCAUAAUAAUGGUAAAUUUGCUGAUGAAAACUUUGAUUUGAAACAUGAUAGAAAAUAUAGAUUGAGUAUGGCUAAUGCUGGUAAAAACACCAAUGGUAGUCAAUUUUUCAUUACUACUGCUUUAACUAAAUGGUUAGAUGGUGCUCAUGUUGUCUUUGGUGAAGUUUUAGAUGGUAAAGAUGUUGUUGAUUAUAUUGAAAGUGUCAAGACUGGUAGAGGUGAUAGUCCAGUUAAGGAAAUUAAAAUUGUUGCCUCUGGUGAAUUAAUCGAAGAAGGUGAAGAAGUUCCAUCUAAAGAUGAACUUUAG